GACGGAAAGGGGGGCGGAGCCGAAGACGCCAGGGCCAGAAAGGGCAUGUGUACAACGCGUACUGGCUGUCAGCUGUUCAGCCGCUCCAGCAUCACGUUACUUUAAACUCGUUUUAAAGUUCAAGUGGAAGUCCACCGAGUCGCUGUCGACGCGAGGAACCGCUGCUUAAGUCGUCAACAUUUUUUAUUUUUUAGGGAGGAACCCUUCGAGCGGCGCGCCUCUAUUUCCACACGGAAUUCUGUCACGCCGGGACCGUAAAUACACCGUCGUAGCUGUUCCCGCGGCCCGGGCUGAGCUAGCUAGAGAGACGGGGUUUGGAGGCGCAGAUGAUGGAGACCUGACGGAAGAACCGCAGCCGCGUCAAUGACACGAACCGCUGCCUUCACUCGACGCGACAGCAGAGCCGUUAAGUUCGCGGGUUCCGGUGCGGAAGUGAGACCAUAAAUUCUGAGUGAUGGAGUCGUGUCGGCGGACGGGACUCAACGGGGUCUUGUGCUCGCUGUCGCUGCUGUGCGUCGUCCUGGACAUCCAGCUGGACGGUGUCUUUGGGGCGACUCAUGUCGAGAUCGAGCACCACUUGGAGAUGGGCCGAAAGCUUCUGGCUGCUGGUCAACUGGCCGAAGCCUUGUCGCACUACCACUCUGCCGUGGAGGGAGACUCAAAGAAUUACCUGACCUACUACAAGCGAGCUGCCGUGUUCCUGGCUCUGGGAAAGUCCAAAUCUGCCCUGCCGGACCUGACCCGAGCCAUCCAGCUCAAGCCUGACUUCCUGGCUGCCCGGUUGCAGAGGGGGAAUAUCCUGUUAAAGCAGGGCAGCACGCAGGAGGCCAGGGAGGACUUUGAAGCAGUGCUGCAGCGCUCACCAGAUCACGAAGAAGCUCAGGAGCAGCUGAUGAGAGCGAACGAGCUGGAGGAGCUGCAGGAGGACGCCAACGCCGCGUACCACCAAGGGGACUACGGCGCCACCAUCGGCGUGCUGGAGAGAGUUAUUGAGAUCUCUCCCUGGGAUCCGGAGUCGCGGGAGCUCCGCGCGGACUGCUACAUCCGGCUGGGAGACCCACAGAAGGCCAUCCAGGAUCUGACGCCGACCACGAGGCUGCGAAACGACAACCGCGCCGCCUUCCUGAAGCUCAGCACGCUGCACUACGGCCUGGGGGACCACCACGAGUCGCUCAAUCACGUCCGGGAGUGCCUGAAGCUGGACCAGGACGACAAAGAGUGCUUCGGCCACUACAAGCAGGUGAAGAAGCUCAGCAAGCAGCUGGACGCGGCGGAGGAGCUCAUCGAGCAGGACAGGCAUCAGCACGCCAUCGACAAGUACCAAUCGGUGAUGAAGACGGAGCCGAACGUGGCGUUCUACACCAACCGGGCCAAGGAGAGGAUCUGCUUCUGCCUUGUGAAGCUUGGCCUGGCCCAGCAGGCCAUCGACGCGUGUUCAGAGGCUCACCAGCGGGACCCGCGAAACGCCAACGUCCUGCGAGACCGAGCCGAGGCGUACAUCCUGAACCAGGAGUACGAGAAAGCCGUGGAAGACUACCUCGAGGCGAAGGAGUUGGACAGCGACGGCGAGCGCAGCGACCUCAAAGAAGGGCUGGAACGAGCCCAGAAAAUGCUCAAAGUCUCUCGUAAGAGGGACUACUACAAGAUCCUCGGGGUCGGCAGGAGCGCCAACAAGCAGGAGAUCAUCAAGGCGUACAGGAAGCUGGCGCAGCAGUGGCACCCCGACAACUUCCAGUCCGAGUCGGAGAAGAAAGAGGCGGAAAAGAAGUUCAUAGACAUCGCGUCGGCUAAAGAGGUUCUCACCGACCCAGAAAUGAGGCAGAAGUUUGACGCGGGGGAGGAUCCCCUGGACCCCGAGAGCCAGCAGGGCGGUGGGGGAGGCGGGGGCCAGGGCUGGCCUUACCCCUUCAACCCGUUCGAUUCCGGCGGCAGCUUCCACUUCAAGUUCCAACACAACUAGAGAGGAGGACUCUGCGGGGGGAGGGAGGAGGAGAGGGAGGAGGAGACGGGACUCAUUCGGGAGACGAGCAGCAGCAGCAGCACCGGCGGACUGACGGAGAAAGUCUUCCUCAGAACAUGUGCUUCAGCUCGGACAGUUUGUCGGUCACUUGAACAUUUGAUUUGUAAAGCAGUGGAGGGCUUGAGCUGUUAAAAAAAAAAAAAAAAAAAAAACUAACUGAACUUGUCACCACUAAAACUAUGGACCUGACUCCAAGGAAACAAAUUUGUGUCAGCGCUUGAGAUCUUUUAGGAUGGGGGGGGGGGGGGACUGUGCGACUUUUGGAGUCUGUCCGCCCUUCGUCGUUUCUUUCUUCGUGCCAUUCUUUCAGCCUUCGUCGAGGGACUUGUUUUUAACGCGGUAGCCGCUCGGACAUCGGGUCGGUUCCCGCUGGCUUCAACCCUUUUCUGUACUGGAGAACCACGGUUUUUACACAUCGUGGCGGCGGAAGGUUUAUGUUGUUGAGCUUCUCCCUUGAUGGAAAAUAGUCUUCCGCUCUAGUAAAGGAAACUCGUGGGUGUCAAAGCUUCGAAAUCCUAGGGAUCUUUAAAUUAGUGACUGUGGUUUUGUUUUGUUUUUUGCUUUUAUUCCCACCGGGUAACCUUUGAGGUAAUGUGUAAAUUCAGUUUUUUUUUCUUCUCAAUUACAAUUUCAAAAGGCUGUAACAUCUAGAUCCAAAUUAUGGGUGUAACUUGGCUGAAACUCCCAGGUAAACAAAGCGAAUGUCCUGGACUAGAGCCGCAGCGAUUGAUGACUGACUCAAGACGUGUAGUAUUUAACUCUUCCUUUUCACUUCAAAGCAAAUCUUUGAAAACCUGCACUUUUAAACUUUUUUUUUUUUGAAAAUCUGCCCGUCUUCUCCACUCCUGACACAUUACUGCGGGUUUUUGUUUUUUAAAAGCCCUUCAAAAGACUCUUUACAGACCAAGUGUGUCCGGACUGGUUAUCAGAGACUCAUUCACAAAAGUGCACAUUUUAAAUGUGAGGCGGCUCUGGGGUGGUACAUUAGAAAGUCUGUGACUUUGUGAAUGAGGCUCCAACCAGGAAAGACACAUGGAAGUUUAACGGUGUUCUAAAGAUGACCUUAUUUUAAAGAUUUGACUUAAGUUAUUUAGUCCAAAAUUGCUUUAAAAGUGACUCAACUGUGUAAAUCAAACAGAACCGGCUCUUUGUAUUUAAAUCGACGGAGUGGGGCAGUGUUAAUUUGCUGGUCUUCUUUUUAGGACUUUCUGCUGUUAGUGGCAUCGAUUUUACUGUUGCCAAAGUGCAUCGUCUGACAUGCUCCAGCGUAUUAAAAUAUUGAACCAACAAA